UAUAAUGAUCAUGAUCUAACCAAGAACGAGUAAAAGUUCAUUCUCUCUCUUUCUCUUCUCCUUCCUCUUCUUCUUCUUCUGAUUUUAGCAAUGACACCUGCAAUUUCAACUAAAAAAAUACUUAACCCUGAGGCUGAAGAAUUCAAACCAACUUACAUGGAGAAAAAUGGAGUGCCUUCUCUACCGCAUCAGAUCUUUCACUCCACAUCAUUUGCUACACAAGGUAAUGAGUUAGUUGUUUAUCAACCACAACAACAAAAUAAUGAGCUUGUUAUGUAUCAGCCACAACCACAAAAUACUCAACUUGUUGUUUAUCAGCCACCACCAGUGCCAUCUUAUUUAUCACAACCUUGUUACUAUUACCAACAAAAUGUUUCUCUUUACAAAGCUCCUUGUUAUUGGUUGCCUAAAGGUUUUCAACCUCAUCAGCAGCAGCAGCUUAUUUCAUCACCUGGGAAAAUACCUGAUCAAGAUAAGUCUUGUUUUGAUAAAGAUGAAAAAAUAUUUGGUGUUGAGAUGAGAAAAAAUGGGUUUAUGGGUUCAUUUUUCUCACAUGGUGAGAGAUUUAGAGGGCAAAAUAAGAGACACUUUUUGCCACCUAGGUUGAGAAGGCCAAAAGGUUUUUUUCUUGGAAAAACCAACCAAGUAAAUGCAGAUACUGGUUCAUACAAAUCUUUGUCUCCUAUCAAGAAAGAUACUUCUGUUUUGUGGAGUAAAAAAACUACUGUGAUGAUAAGAAAUAUACCAAAUCAGUUCAGGAGAGAGCAUUUCAUGUUUUUUAUUGAUCAUUACUGCAGUAAGAAUCAUUGGGAGUAUGAUUUCCUCUAUCUGCCAAUUGAUUUUGGGACCGAUAACAACAUGGGUUAUGCUUUUGUUAAUUUCACAUCUGGGCAAGCUGCUUCAGAAAUUAGUAAAGUGCUUAAGAACUUCAAGUGGCAUGGUGUCAAGACUCCCACUGGGAUUUGCUCUUCGAGGAAAAUUUGUGUGGUAACUUGGGCUCGGAUUCAGGGGAAGGAACAAUUGGUGAAGCACUUCUCGUGCUCGAAUUUUCUAUGUGACACGGAUGAAUAUCUUCCGGUUGUUUUCUCUCCUCCGAGGAAUGGUGCAUCUAGCUUGACAAAGCCAAUACCUAUUGGCAAACUGGCUCUAGGUCCUCCGGUUUCUUCGUCCCCUCCUUCGGCCAAUGAUGAUUAGUUAGAAUCUUAGUUUCUAUAUAUGUUGCUCGAGUCCUCCAAAAAAUGCUAAAGAUCACAGCAUUUUUGGACGAGCCGAGCAAACAUAAAUUUAGCAGUGUGACGGGAUAGGUGAAGGUUUUAUGUUUGUACUUAAUGUAUGGCCAGUGUUUUCAUUUUCUCCCCGUAUCUCGAGUUUUCGAUGAUCUGGGGUGAAAUGGAAACACUGGAUCAUCAUGUUAAUGUCUUUGGAAUCUUAAUUAGGUCUUGUGUUAAUGUUGUAUGUUUAAGAAUGCUGUUUCUUAGUUUAGUGACUCUCGUCUCCUAUGUAGUAUGUAGUCAGCUUGUAGUAAUUGUUGAAGGCUUUGUCUAUCGUGCCUUCGAGUUUGAAUGUAUGUUUUUCUUUUUAUGUAAAAUUAUACAUGUGAGGUAGCCCUAGCAUGUGCGUAAUUUUCAGUUUUUUUUCCUUCUUUCUUUUGAGCUCGACUUUUGUAUAUAAUGAUGCAAAAGAGUAGUCAUUACAAGUAACUAAUAAUAAAUGAAAUUAAUAAUCAUACGUAAAACAA